ACAAAGACAAAAUGCAGAGAUUCUCCUCAAGAAUGCUUUCUCUUCUUGCCAUACGCCCUUAUCAUCUCUCGAGUUCCUCGUAUUCAGACACCCUUUUUAACCUUAAGCACAACAAACAAACACACAGUACUGCCGGGUUCGACAGGGAGGAUGUCAGAAAUAGCUAUCUUCCUUCAAGUCAAACAAGAACUGGAUUUGGCUUAGUUUGCCUCGAUAAAGAAGAUAAUAUUGCUGACAAUCGCGACUCCGAUGAGUUUGCUGCUGAUGUUGAGAAGGUUUACAGGAUUUUGAGGAAAUUCCAUUCCAGAGUCCCAAAGCUAGAGCUCGCUUUGCAAGAAUCCGGUGUCGUUAUGCGGUCUGGUUUGACAGAACGCGUCCUGAAUCGUUGCGGGGAUGCGGGUAAUCUUGGGUACAGGUUUUUUGUGUGGGCAUCGAAGCAACCUGGGUAUAGGCAUAGUUACGAAGUGUAUAAAGGUAUGAUUAAGGUUUUAAGUAAAAUGAGGCAAUUUGGUGCUGUUUGGGCUUUAAUUGAGGAGAUCAGGAAAGAGAAUCCUCGGUUGAUAUCACCUGAAUUGUUUGUUGUUUUGAUGAGGAGGUUCGCCUCUGCUAGAAUGGUGAAGAAAGCUAUAGAAGUGUUAGAUGAAAUGCCAAAGUAUGGUUGUGAGCCCGAUGAGUAUGUUUUUGGUUGUUUGUUAGAUGCUUUGUGCAAGAAUGGUAGUGUAAAAGAAGCAGCCUCACUUUUUGAGGAUAUGAGAGUGAGGUUUAAGCCAAAUUUGAGGCAUUUUACAUCAUUGUUGUAUGGUUGGUGUAGAGAAGGGAAGCUUAUGGAGGCUAAAUUUGUGUUGGUCCAAAUGAGGGAGGCUGGUUUUGAGCCAGAUAUUGUGGUGUAUAACAAUUUGUUAAGUGGGUAUGCUCUGGCUGGGAAGAUGGCAGAUGCAUUUGAUUUGUUAAAGCAGAUGAAAAGUAAAGGAUGUGACCCAAAUGCAAACUCAUAUACCAUAAUGAUUCAGGCACUUUGCAAGCUUGAAAGAAUGGAAGAGGCAAUGAGAGUCUUUGUUGAGAUGGAGAGGAGUAAUUGUGAAGCUGAUGUUGUGACUUAUACUACAUUAAUUAGUGGGUUUUGCAAGUGGGGAAAGAUUAAUAGAGGUUAUGAGAUUCUCGAUGACAUGAUACAAAGAGGGCAUAUGCCAAAUCAGAUGACUUAUUUGCACAUUAUGUUAGCUCAUGAGAAGAAGGAAGAGCUUGAAGAGUGUACGGAACUAAUGGAGGAAAUGAUAAAGAUUGGUUGUGUUCCUGAUCUUAGCAUUUAUAAUGUAGUUAUUCGGUUAGCUUGUAAGUUAGGGGAGGUGAAAGAAGGUGUUAGAAUUUGGAAAGAAAUGGAAGCCAACAGGUUAAGUCCAGGGGUUGAUACCUUUCUUAUUAUGAUACAUGGGUUUAUUGGGCAAGGUUGUUUGGUUGAAGCUUGUGAAUACUUCAAAGAAAUGGUUCUGAGAGGCCUUUUUUGUACUCCUCAAUAUGGUGUUUUGAAAGAUCUGUUGAAUUCUGUAUUGAGAGCUGAGAAGCUUGAAAUGGCCAAGGAUGUAUGGGAUUGUAUUGUUACUAAAGGAUGUGAGCUGAAUGUGUCUGCGUGGACAAUUUGGAUUCAUGUGCUUUUCUCCAAUGGGCAUGUGAAGGAGGCUUGUUCAUUUUGUUUGGAUAUGAUGGAUGCAGAUGUGAUGCCGCAGCCAGAUACCUUUGCAAAGCUCAUGCGGGGUCUGAGGAAACUGUAUAACAGACAGAUAGCAGCCGAGAUUACAGAGAAGGUAAGGAAGAUGGCUGAAGAUAGACAGAUCACUUUUAAAAUGUAUAAACGGCGAGGGGAGAGGGACUUGAAGGAAAAAGUCAAGGCAAAGACAGAUGGAAGGAAGAGGAGGGCUCGUCGACGUCGAUGGGGUGGGGGCCAUAAUAGAGCUAAAGUUUUGUAGUUUGAAACUUUGAAUAAGUGACUUGUGAAAUAAAGAAAUUUAACUUUCUACUGGUGUGGAUGUGAUUAAUUUUCACCCACUGUUUCAAUUUGCAUUUGUCAUCAAAUGGAAAAGUAGCACUCUUAGCUCUUUUCUCUGGAAGUGAACUUUUUAUGCUAUCUGAUGAAUGAACUCUGAUGAUGGGUUGGCCAAAGAAAGAAUCAGAACUCUGAAGAUGGGUGCAAUGGAUGUGGAAAAUAGCUGCUUCAGGUAGCUAAGUACUUUUUCUCACUCUUAUCAGGCUCAAUUUUUUUGUUGUUUGUUCUCUUCAAUACUUUAGGUAGGCUUCCUUCUAGUUGAAAAUUUAAAUAAAUUACCUGGCUUGGCUGCAGUUGUGUACGUAUUGCCUUGGAAAGUAGUAUUUUUUACAUUUAAAUUGUGAAGCACAUUUUAAACCACAUAUAGCAUCCCUAAUCAGGUUGUGAUGUAUACAGCUGUUAUAAAAAAAAUUAAUUCCA